AUGUCUUCCGUGAACGAUCUAAAAAAGUCGCCCCGCGAAGCGAAAGUGCUGCUGCGAAGUACUUCCUUCCAAAAGCUGUGUUCCAUACCGUACAGCUUCAAAAUCGAAGCAAUUCAAUCGUAUAAAGAACACAUCAAAACGGUGAUAAAGCUCCUGAAGAUUGCAACCCGAGUAUAUGUCAUUUCGGUUUAUUUCAAAUUUAUAACCACCAUCCUGCUCAACGGAUUCUUCUUUAAGCUGUGCAACCAACUAAAGGGAAAGUACAUAACGGCACGCGAUGUUUUGGAAUCAGCAAGAUCAUCACCUUUCAACUCAAGCUACCAACACAGCAAAGGCCAUGAUGUUUCACAAUCGCGUAGACCAACUGUAUCAAAUUCCCUUUUGCAUUACAAAACUUUGGUCCAAACAAUUCUAGCGUACAUCUGCAUCGUGUACAUUGUGCUGCAAACAAUUUCUUUACUGACAACGCUUUGGUGGUCUUCGAACAUUCCGUUUGGUCUCGUGUUUCUCAUGCUGGAUUUGAGCUACAUGGGAUUCAUUAUGCUUAAGAUUGCAUUGAACUGA